AUGUCAUUACAAUACUCAAAAGAUGACAUUGAAAGAGUCAAUAAUGGGGCAUCAUAUAAUCGAUAUACUCUAAAUGAUGAAGACGAUGACUUGUUACCAAAACCAGCACAUGGUUCACAAGUACACCCAGUUCAACCGAGCAACAAAUAUGCAAUGUAUAUAAAUCUGAUGGUCCUGACCGUCUUUCUUCAAAGUAUAGGUUUCACUGUGAUGAUGCCAUCAAUGUUUGAUUAUCUUAAAUAUAUAGAUCCAUCAUUUGGACAAUAUAAUGGAUGGAUUAUAGCAUGUUAUAGUGCAGGACAAUUCAUAGCAUCACCGUUGUUUGGAUGGUGGUCUAAUCGUAGACCGACACGUGAACCAUUGGUCAUUUCAAUUGUCAUUUCAAUGAUUGGUAAUAUUUUGUACGCUGUGUGCUAUCUCUUUGGAUCAAAGGCCGUCUUUAUUAUGGCUGUUGCCCGUUUUAUCGUCGGGUUUGGUGCAGGUAACGUGUCGGUGUGUAGAGCAUUUGCAUCGGAAAAGUCUGAUAUCUCCAACAAGACAACUACGAUGGGCAAGAUGUCGGGUGCACAAGGUGUCGGUUUUGUACUCGGUCCAGGUAUUGGGUUCUUGAUGGCAUACCUUCAUGCUCAAAAGGGACAGUUCCUAUUCAACCAAUACACAGCACCCGCCUAUUUAUCGGUGGUUACUGCUGCAUUUAACAUUCUCAUACUACUCAUUAAAUUUGAUCCACCUCGUGAAGACAAGAAGAGUGCCGGCGAGGAAACCAAACCAUUACUCGGAGGUGACGUUGAAGAGGACGGAGCAUCGGUUGGCACACCCAUUAAAAAGGCACAUAACGAGACACUCCCCAUCUUUGUAUCAAUCUAUUUGUUUGCAGUGGUCAUUUCAAUCUUUGCAGUGUUUGAAACGAUCCUCACCGAGAUGACGGCCAAAGACUAUAAUUGGCAAGUCAAAGCAAACGGAUUUAUUUUGGGCGGUACUGGUAUCUUGUCGGUGGCCGUCUUUAUCAUCAUCGCUAUGCCAUUUAUCAAAAAGAUCGAUGAUCGAAAGACUGCCCUCUUUGGAUUCUUGAGUCUUUUCAUUGCACUCUUGUUGCUCGCCAACUAUGGUGCACCCUUCCAUUGGGAGAAUUCACUUCCCAAGUGGCAGUUCUUCCUCGGCUCGGUGUUUGUCUCGAUUGGCUACCCCAUCGCCUCGUCACUCAUCUAUGCCAUCUUUUCAAAGGUUCUCAACCCCAAGUUGCAAGGUACCAAGAUGGGCUGGCUCACUGCCGGUGGCUCCUUGGCCCGUAUGCUCGGACCCAUCUGGGCACAAUCCAUUUGGAACUAUAAAGCAGACACAAGCCCUACUCUUGGUGGAGAGGUCCUAUUCUUUACCACUGCAGGUAUUGCCCUAUCUGGUUUCGUCGUCCUCUUGGCAUUCUAUCGAAAACUUUCACCUCAUCCAGAUUAUGUUGUUCCCAUCUUACAACAGAAACCACCAACCUCGACCCCAACAACUCCAACAACAACAGCUACCGAAACUUCUCAUUAA